AUGAUCUCAGAAAAUGAAACUGAUGAGUCUCAAUUUGAAUAUUCUUUGUCACUCAGUCACAACAAUGAUAUGGUCGAUCCUUUGGUUGGUGUUCUUGAUUCAGAAGAAGCUUUAAAUGAGAGCACUGAUAGUAAUACCGCUUCUCCACCUCCUCCAAAUAUGGGUGAUUUUCAGGAAUUAGAUAUGCUGAACGACGAUUUUACAGAGAGUGUAAUAAUUGACAAAAAUGAAAUGGUCGAGACAAGUGACGAUCAGGAUCUGCUCUCGUCUCCUAGCAGUAAGAUGUCCUUCGACGGAGAGAGUGAACAAGAUAUAGACGGAUUCACCAAUUUCAAUAUUAUUCUGGAAUAUCCACGACUCAAUUAUCAGUUCGAAGAGCUUGGAUCCUUUGAAGAGGAGAUUGAGGAUUGGUUUAGUAGCAGUGAUUUGAAAUCUUUAAAGUCCUUGAAAGUGUUGGCGUCUGCUGAUAAGCGCGGCACAUCUUCUCUGAAAGAGAUCGAAACAGCCUUAUUUGAUCUUCUUCACGCUAAAUCUACACCUCAAGAAGAUAAAAUUCUUCGUCUCGUGAUACGGUCUAGUUAUCUAGUUAUGGGCAGUUAUGGAACUGUCAGCAGCCAAAAGGAAAUCAUCGAACGGAUUGUGACUCAAUCGGGUAGACUUGUCGAAUUCAAUUCCACUCUUAUUACAGAUCUAUCUGAGUUAAUUAAGACUAGGGCCAAUGAGUUGGCCGAUGCAGGCAAUUGUGAAACCACUUUAACACAUCAGCUUAUUCAACUCUGGUCAAAUCAGCUUUUCUACGCAAUGACGACCCUACAUUUUAUUAUUUUGACUUUUCUUAAGGGUCUUAACUCCGAUUAUAAACAGAAAUCAUCUCUAAUAGACUUGUUGGAUCGGGUGGAUCUUUUGGGAAGUGUUACCAAAGCUAUCGAUAAAUGGAGAUGGAUUUCUUGUGAAUCUGAAGAUACCGAACCAGCCAGUAUUAUAAAUUCUAUCUCGGCCACGAAUCUCAACGAUGGAAAAGAAUCACUCCAUAAUUCCACUGAUGAUUCUAAGAGUUCAAAUAUGUCUUUGCCCAUUAUCAUGGCAUUCAAAUUGAGAAACGUUGUAAUCUUUCUCAAUGACUUGAUUCUACUUCAAUUUGGUGACCUCGCUCAAGUUGAAUCGACAAAAGACUUUUUAGCAUACAAAAAUAAUGAUGUUGGGGAUAUCCCUGAAGAUGGCUCUAAGUCUGAUGUUAAGAUAACGCCUAUUGAUUAUCGCCGUUAUAGAGAAGAUCUUACCACUAGAUACCCAACAUUUACUCCUCCCAAAUAUGAGUUAUCACAAAUCUUGGAGGUUUCCCUUAGCAAUGAUGAAGACAUGCCAGAUCAAUGCCUUCCCGAUCUCGUUAGCUCGCUUUCGAUGUUCAGUAGUGAAGGCUCUUUGAAGUCCAAAAAUGACUGUUUAGCAGGACUUUUUAAGGGUCCUUCGAAUCCUCCCGACAUUCAUAUCGCUACACCCAUGCCUUCACCCACAUUAACACCUCAGCAUACUGGUACAUCAGGCUCUUCUAAUACCUCUGAAUAUGAGCGAUGUAAUGGCGACGCAAAGAAGAAGCUCUUUUUGACCCAGUCCGAUUACCCAAAUAUAUAUCCCUUCGAGAAUGACAUUCCCUACAGCAUCCAAGAAGCUACAGAUAUAUUUUACCAUCAUGUGGAAGAUGAUUUUCAUUUGAAGCAGUUUACCUCAACGUUUGAGAGUUUUGUUAAGGAGGAAAGCGGGUUCAGCACUUCGGAUAGAACUAUUGAGAGCUCAUUUUUGUAUUCGGAUACCGAUGUAAAGAAAGAUCCCAUGUUCACCUCUGAGAUUCGAUCCUUGCAGCGGGUAGAAAGGUAUUACAAGGAAAAUUUACCUUAUCUGAGCUCACUCAUAUAUGUUCUUAUCCAGAUUAUCUCGUCCAAUGUUAUACCAUUCCACGCAGAAGACAAAAAGUAUCGACAGAGAGGCCCUCGCGGAGGUAAUGGUGCCAAUCAUUCUGAGAGUCAACAAAGCUACUCUUGCUCACGGUCUCCUAGUAAUGAUAGUAAUAAGAGACCAUAUCUGAUCAACGGUCUCACUCCCUCUGAUAAACAGAGACUCGAAGUGCUGCGCAUGAAAGAAUCGACAUUAAAAAGUGCAUCAACUAUCAUUUUAAUGCUUACAAAAUGGUUCAAACUUUCGCAUAUACUGAAAUAUGAAUAUUUCACUGCACUUCUAUUUGACAAUAACUUCAUCCUGCAAUCGUUCAGAUUGCUAGACGGUAACAAAGUGCAUGCCCAAUGGGGCAAAUCUUAUGACUUUAAGGACCCGGAAAGUUUGAUCAAUAAUAGAUUAGUCUAUUGUGAUUAUCAAGUAUUAUACCGUUUGAAGAAUUGCAAUUUCUUUUUGAAGGCGUUGAGUUUAUCGGACUGCAAAAACAAACUGUUUGAGACUCCACCAAGUGAAAAGGAGGAAUGUGAGAGCAUAUUCCAGUUUAAAGAUGGAGCAGGUAGCGAAAGUAUGCUCUCGUUUAUUCUUCCAUUCAAUGCUCAGUGUAACAUAUCUGUGGAGAACCCUAAUAGAAGAUUUUGUUUAAUCGUGAACAGUUUGUUCAAGGUUCUUUACAGCAUGGUAUCUCAUUUCAAGAUUCAACGGAUUUACAAGCUUAUGGAAGUUCGGCCGACAGAUACAUUGAGGUUCUAUUUGACUCUAUUCAACCAGAGUCUUUACAAACCUAUCUUGAAAAUAAUCAAGCUUAUGAGUCCGUUCAGCGGAAAGAAAUGGAGAGCCAAUAAUAUGGAUAUGAUUUCAUUUGUAUAUCUAUUUUACAAGGUAGGCCUAAAGGACAGUUGGCUCACAAAUUUCUUUACUGGAAGUUUGGAGGAAAGAUUAAAAACAUCCUACGAGAACGAGUUUGCACUCAGAAGCCUAUUAAGGUACUACAACACCAAGAAUUAUGGAAAAACUCUUCAGAAAUUUGGUUAUAAUUCGGACGAGAGGAGCCUUUUGAGGGACAAUAAAAAGGUAAAUGACGAGUUCUUUCAAGACCAGAUGGAAAACCUGAUACCUGAUGAGUUUCAGAACUAUUUGAAAAUACAGGAGUAA